AUGCCCCCUUCCGUGACCGGAUUUACCGCGGGACCGAAUGUCAUCCCAGAAGGCCGAGCCAUGGUGAACUGCAGAGACUUGCACAAGGCGCGUGACGCCUAUCAGUUGAGAGAUAUCGAGGCAACACGAGCGGCGCAUAGCUUGGAUCUGUACCGUGAGCUGGCAGACGACCACAAAGAGAAUCACACAAACACAUCAUCAGACUACGUGAAAGCCGUCGUCUUCGGUGGUCUCGAUGGCAUCGUCACCAUUUUCGCGAUUGUCGCCGGGUGCGUCGGAGCCAAUCUAAGCUGUUCUCAGGUCCUCAUGGUUGGCCUCGGAAAUCUUCUUGCCGACGCCAUUUCUAUGGGAUUCGGGGAAUAUGUCAGUGCCGCAGCUGAAAAGGAUUUCGUCGAGUCCGAGAAGCAAAGGGAGGAAUGGGAAGUGGAGAAUUGCCCGGAGGAAGAGAAACGAGAAAUGGUGGAGAUUUAUACGGAGAAAUACGGCUUCUCAAGAGCGGACGCCCAGUCUAUGGUCGACAUAACAUUCAAGUAUAAAAAGUUCUUCGUGCAGCACAUGAUGGUGGAGGAGCUGGGCCUCAUGUAUGGGUACGAGGAACCUACACCGAUCAAGCGAGGUUUGGUCAUGUUCACCGCCUUCUGCUUCUUUGGGCUUCUUCCCUUGGCGGGAUUUAUCGGCUGGGUUGCCGCGUUCGGACUGAGCGCUGACGCGGAUAUGGCCUUCGUUAUGGCAUGCGUGGUGUCCAUCCUAACUCUGUUCGUACUCGGGUUUUCGAAGGGAAAAUUCGUGGGUCAAAGUCCAACAAAAUCAGGAUUUCUGAUGGCAAUGAACGGCAGCUGCGCUGGUGCAGUUGCCUACGGGGUCGGCAGUAUCUUGCAGGUACGGGGAAGGACAUUUCCUUUUCAUGGAGGAGAGGAGGAUGCGACGACACUCUACGUGGAAGCCGAUUGUCUCUCGUUUUGA